AUGAUGAAGGGAAUGGUUAGUUUGGUGACUGGUGGAGCUUCUGGCCUUGGUAAAGCCACAGUGGAGGCUUUAGCUAAGAACGGCGGUAAAGUUGUUAUCCUCGAUAUUCAAGAAACUAGAGCCCAGCAAGUAGCUAAUGCUAUUGGUGAAAAUGUUAUUGUAUCUACUGGUUGUGUGACUUCUGAAGAAGAUGUAAAAAAAGCGGUAGACUUAACUAAAGAAAAGUUUGGUCGUCUGGAUAAUUUAGUUAAUUGCGCUGGAUAUGCCCAAUCUCAUCAAGUCUAUAACUUUUAUAAGGACAAAAUGACAGAUUUGGAACAUUUCAAUAAAUGUAUAAAUGUAAACACAAUAGGCACAUUCAACGCAAUUAGGAUUUCGGCUGGCUUAAUGGGUAAAAAUGAACCUACUGAAGGUGGACAACGAGGCGUAAUAGUAAACACAGCAUCUACAAUUGCAAUGGAGGGGGAUAUUGGGCAAGCAGCAUAUGCUGCAUCAACAGCAGCUAUUAUUGGCAUGACCCUGCCAAUUGCCAGAGACUUAGCUCCCAAAGGAAUCAGAGUUAUGACCAUUGCUCCAGGUAUUUUUGAAACUCCACUAGUCUCAUAUUUGCCAGAAAAAAUGAUAGAUUUUAUUAAGAGAAUGACACCGUUUCCCUCAAGAUUGGGUAAACCAGAAGAGUUUGCGCAUUUAGUUACUAGCAUUAUAGAGAACCCAAUGUUAAAUGGUGAGGUGAUAAGGUUGGACGGUGCACAAAGAUGGUUCCCGCUGUAG